ACCACUGCCUGAGGAAUUUCUGUUUCGGCGAUCUCUUCUUCAAAGGAAUGGCAUCCGCUUCCGAUUCCCGUUCAAACGGCGUUUCCGGUAGAAUCAAAUCCGCCGCCACAAUUAUGCACUCCGAGAAUCAAUCCCUCCUUGCCGUAACUUGCUCGAUACUGCUCUCUUACUUCUUUCUCUGCUUUCAAUCUCUUGUUCUGAUUGAUAAACGAGAUAUUCUGAUUGUUCGAGACAAUGAAGUUGCUGUUGCUAAAUAAACGUUGUUUUUAGCUUUAACAUCUCCAUUUCCUAUCGAGUAUCAGUUCCAGAAUUGCGGAAGGCGCUGAUUAUGAUGAAGGAAAUUGGGGUGGAAUUGGAGAGGGACAAUCAGUCCAGGAUGGUCAAGGAGCUUGAAAAUUCUGUUGUCGAGCUGUUGAGUACCUAUGAAAACUGUAACAAUUUUUCAUUGGCAAUUCAGUCGGUUGGAAAUAUAUAUGAACCAAAAGAAGAGUUAACAGAUUUUGGGAAACUACUUGAUGAUGAAGUUGCAAAAGUCAGCCAAGAUUCAUCUUCAAAUUUGAUGAACCAUUCAAUAAUUCGGCAAUUUAGAGAAGCUGUUUGGAAUGUUCAUCAUGCAGGACAACCAAUGCCAGGCGAGGAGAAGGAGGACAUUGUGAUGACCAGUACUCAGUGUAAUCUAUUGAAUGUCACUUGCCCGUUAAGUGGAAAGCCUGUCAUUGAAUUAACAGAACCCGUUCGCAGUGCGGAAUGCAAGCAUGUAUAUGAAAAGGCAGCAAUAAUGCAGUACCUUAAAUCCAAGAAAUCUCGCGCUCAAUGCCCAGUUGCAGCCUGUCCUAAGAUGUUGCAGUCCGAUAAGGUCGUGCCUGAUCCGUUCUUACAGAUUGAAAUUGAUGAACUGCGAAAGAUAUCUAGGCAUUCUGAUAGGAUACAGGACUUCACAGAGCUUGAUGCAGAUUAGCACCACUGAAGUAGUUUCUUUUCCUCUUCCUUUUUGUUGUUUUUAUUGGCGUUGUCAUCCUUGUCGUCAUUGUUGCUGGGGUCAUUCUCUGGAUCAAAUGUUUUGCUUGGUAAGUUGAGCUAGUUGGGAUGUAUAUGGUAUCUAUAGUUUGUCUAUAUCGUCUCGAGUUGAAUGGAGAAAUUUGGCUUCAUUGACAAA